AUGCCACUCUCCCUCUAUCGCCGCAAACCUCUUCCGGUUCGUCCAACAAGUCCUCAUCAACCCGUCCCCGUCUCAAGUCGCAUCCCCACGGGCUACAAAUCCCAACCCCACUCUCUCCGGUCUCUCUUCAUGAGAGUCAGCAAGGCCCAUCCUCUUCCCCCACGGCAACCGCUUAUCCAACGCAACAUAAACAACGACUUCCACAGUCAAUCUGACCUCUAUUACCCUCAUCCCACGUCUCAGCCCAUCUCUGUCUCUUCACUCCUCCUCCUAACUACCAUCUAUCGCCGGCGCAUCACGACUCAUCCAAGUUCUAAUCCUCAUCUCCACAAUCCACUCGGCCCACGCACUCCAAACUUGUUCGACACCGUCCCCCGACACGUCGCUCGAUCCUCCUCUCAAUAA